AUGACGCCGCCUACGAAGAAAGCCAAGACGGAAGACAUCCCGGAGGAUACCAGUGGUAUGGCUCUGAAAGAAAAGGCUCUCAAGUUGACGGGGCUAGAUUCAGAGCUAAUUGAUAAGUUAUUUGCACAUGGUCAUCGAAGCAUUCUUGAGACAAUGGUUGCUCAAGCAGAGACAAUCCAAUCUCAGUCCAAGAAAAUCAACAAUGAGUCCAAACGCCGUCUGAUUGAAGACUGCCCCUCAAUGAAAUUGAACCUUUUGGGUGAAAAGACCUCUCACACUGGCAAAUCAAAGCACGACGGAGCCGUGUCGAGAGUAUUUCCUGGGACUGUGCUUGAAUCUGAGUACGAUGACACCGCGUUGGGGAAUUCUUCACAUUUGCUUAUGAAGUUUGGAUGUCAUAUAAAUACCUCGGCGAGUACUGGCAGCGUAGACGUCAUCACGGAAAGCGACUUCUCGAGCUUGAUCGCCGCAGCGCUGAAUGAUGCAAAAGAGCUGGCGGAGGCAGCAACCCGGAGAAAGUUUUCUGUGCACCACGAAUUCAGCUUAUGGUCAGAUCGACCCGAUCAUCUCGUUGUUUUUGCAGAAGGAACAAGGGACCCUAUUUUGGCCGUGGAAGACAAGGAACCAUUCGCCACCCACGAUGACAAAAUACCACCGCCAGUUCUUGGUCAGGUGUUUGAUUACCUCAUGGAAUUGCGCUGCCUCGGACAUUCUGCCCCCUUCUGCGUUUUGUCUACCUUUGAAUCUUCCUGGAUGUUUUGGGAAGACCAAGAAGCCUCCAACGAAAUUGUGAAAAAGAAGUAUAAGCUGGCAAAACAGGUGCCCCCCGUCUCCCCCACGCAGCAACCGACAACACAAGAAAUGACUCAAUCGCCCCAAGAUCUCGUCGCUGACAACGGAAAGGCUGUCACUGAAUCCGUCUUUGCCGACGACAGUUACAACAGGAAUAGCUUGUUGAUGCAAUCACAAAAGUAUGGAUUCAAACAGCUAGUACCCUUAUUGUACACGGCAAUACUCUGUGGUCUGGCGCGGAACCCAUCGGCUCGUCCAAAAACACUCUUCGAUCGCAAGUUCUAUACUGGUCCAGCUCUGAAGUUGUGGAAUAGUGGCAUCUCGAACUCAAAGUGGGUACAGCAAUUGAAAAUCGUUGUCGGGGCACAGCAAGAACAAUAA